GAGUAACAGAUAAGCAGACCAUGAGGGGCGGGAUACAUAGCAGGUCCAUCGAGGAAGACUCGUGCCCCGCCGUGCUCCACCAGACGUAGUGCAGACAUGCAGCGAAACUUGCACCUCCUGCCCGUGUUGGUGGGCGUUGUGGCGACAGUGAGGCUGACCCAGGCGGCCGUUGACUGUUCGGGCGGCGAUGGUUUUAAGUGCGCGAGUUGCUCCACCCUCGCCCUGUGUUCGGGAGGCAGCGUGGCCACCACCUUCCCAUGCCAGAGUGACCAGAUGUGUGAGGAAGGCUCUUCCGGCCCGGGAGCCUGUCUUAGCAUCAGCGACUCGAGGACCCAGUGCCAGUGCAGUUCCUACCCCUCCUACGUGGUGGACUCUUAUGACCCACAGAAUUACCUGUUGUGCUUCUCCUCCACACUUCAACUCCCUCUCAGUUGCGCGCCAGGCGAAGAGUUUGACUCAGGCACCAGCCAGUGUGCAGCUGUUCCCACCACCUCCACUGUCACCACCACCGAAGUCACCACCACCACCGAGCCCACCGUCACGUGCACAGAGGACGGCAUUUUCCCUCUACUGCCCAGCUGCUCCGGCUACUACGCCUGCUACACUGUCGGGGGCUCGGUGAUGUCCACUGGCAUCGUGUCCUGCAGUGAAUCUACACCAGUCUUCAAUCCCGACACCUUGGCCUGCGAGGCGAGCAUCUCCGGGCCUGCAACACCAACCUGCGCCUCCGAUGACAUUGUCACGGCGGACACCGUGGAGUGCAACGCGUUCUAUGUGUGCAACAGCGGCGCCACUGUGGGGGAGAAGAUCUGCUGCGGCGAGGGCCAGGUGUUCAAUCCCGCCACCAUAAGCUGUGAGGCGGACACCGGCAGCGUCACCUGUGCCGGCGUGAACCCCUGCUACACCGGCGAAGUGGUGAAAUCUUGUGCUCCCACCACUGACGUUGUCAGAGACUUCAUGCAAGGUUGAAUUCUGCAGGUAUAUAUUUAGAGCACUGCCAGAGGAUACAUUUUUUUUAGCAAUCGACAUUUACUGUAUAUAUACAUAUACAUAGAAAUUACAGGGAAAUUAUUUUGAAAAUUUAGUAGAUUGAUUUGUGUGGCUUCAACAUCUGCCAAGUUAGCUAUCAGUGUUGCUUUCAUUACUGACGACUCGCUAUUGAGGUCAAUCACCUCCUCACUUCCAUUCCUGCUUCUUCACUUUUACUCUUUUCUUUUCGUUUUUUAAGAUUAUUAUUUCUUGUAUGCUUCACCAACAAAUCUCAACACGUCCAAAUAUGAUUUAUGAUUAUAGCCAAAAUCAAAUUUGAAAUAGAAAAUUCAGAUUAACAUUGGAAAGGAACACGGAAAUCGUCAGUAUUGGGCAAUUCUAUCAAUAUAAGAAUAACAAAACCUUCACUAAGUCACAUGAAAUUUCCUUAAGUAAUAUAAACUGUUCACAUCUAUUGUUGCUGCUUACACUGAUCACACCCGAUCCUUUUGUUCCCUCGCAUAUUAGUACACAGAACACAACCUCAAUAAACACUUUCAAGCAUUA